CCAGCCCUUCUUCCUUAGAAGCACCGAAGACUAUCGAGAAGCUUUGCAGAGUGUCCACAGAGCGGACUUUGGAUUGAGUGAAGAAGGACAUUCGCGGGCCGUCCAGACUGUAGACCCAAAACAGAUAAACACCUAGAAUGGCCACUGCAAGCACCUCUGGACAAAGUGCCUUCGGGCUGGGCAGGAAGAAGAGGGCCCCGGGUCUUCUGGAUAAGAUUGGCAGGUUCUUUGGGGGAGACAAAAAGAGAAAGGGAAAGGGUUCAUUUCGUGGUCACCUGUCCUCCUCUCCACAGAGACCCCAGCACUCUUCCACCCGUCGUCGCGGAGAUGUCAACCCUGUGGUGCAUUUCUUCAGGAGCUUCGUGUCCUCUCCUCGUCCCAAGUCAAGGGCUUCCUCAUCACCGCGUGGCACGGAGAACAUUAGAUCACCCCACAGACGUAGAAGGGAACAGAAUACACUCUCCAGAAUCUUCAACUUGGGAGAAAGCCGAUCCCGCUCUCCACCCAAACGCUGGAGCACCAUCUUCUGAGCCCUUCUCUGACCAGAAAAACACCAAAAUGGAAGAGAGUGUAAAAGAUGAAGAGCGAAAACAGGAGAGGGAGGAUCUCUGCAGUACAGAUUCACAAGCCGCUGCGAGUUUAAUAGACUAACAUUGGCCAUCUUCGCUUCCUAGAUAAAGAUACAAUCCAAGUAUCUGUCUUUAAAUGCAUGUUGGGUGUCAUAAGCACGUGUUGACUGUAUGUGUGUAAAACUUCUGCAAUCUUUGUCAAUGGUCUAGUGAUGCAAAAGAAAAUCUAACAGUUAUAUCGAUCGUCUCCCUUCUAAAUACAGCAGAAGUGACCAAUCUGAAAAUGUUCUUAGAGUGAAAGAGAUUAUAAUCCUUAAAAAAUGCAGAGUAACCAAAAGGUUUGGCUGAAAUGUUCUCUUUAAUGGUGUAGUGAUAAAACAGAAUUUCCCAAUUGUUUGAACCUUUAAACAAAAAAAUUAGUUUAAAGUAGAGAUCAUUUCCAUAAAUCCUAAAUUUUGACCUAAGUUUGGCCUACUUGUCUCAGAUGUAGAUACAGUCUGUCUUACACAAUGGGUUGCAUGUGUGCUAUUUAGCUUUUGAUGCAUCACAUUAGUCCCUACAGAGUCUUUUCAUGUUUUGUUUUUUUAAAUCAAUGUUUAGCCUCAGUUAUGUCAGUGUAUUUGUGUAUGUAUCAAGAACUCUGUAUAUAGAAUUCUUUAUUUGACCAACAUAAAAAGGAUGACCUGUUAACAUUCCAAACAUUUACUAAUAUAACAUUUGAUUUGAGAAAUGAUUUUGCUUUUAAUUAGAAACGCUCCUUAAAACAAUUUAACAAUGAAUACAAAUUCAGUUUUGUGGACUAGGGAAUAGAUUCUAAGCAUAUAUGAAUCUUAGAUUGUUCGCCCUUAGUUGUUGCACUAUAUUACACAUUAUGUGUUAAAACAGCUUUGUAAAUGUUGUCUGCGUCAUUAGAUGUGCAAUGUUUUGUUAUUUUAGAAAGGCCUCACGUAAUUACCCAGGGAUAGGAUUAAUAUUUAAAUAACAGACAUGCAGAAAUCUAGGACAAAAAGUCACUGGGAGCAAAAAAAGAGGGAAACCUGAAAGUGCAAAAGGGAAAAUGUGAGAUGAGAAACAAGGAAAGGAAGUUUGAAAGAGUGAGAUGGGUUUAUUCAGCUGAUUUUCAUGGUAAGUUAUUCUGUGGUGUUUCUCACCUGUCUUAAUAAUGUUCAUUGUUUUAUGUCUCAGAGUAUUCCUGUACUGUUUAUGAAAUAGUGCUGAAUAAACAUUAGGUCAAAUA